CUGUAGAUGAGAAGGGUAUGGGCUUGAGUAAUGGCGCUCAUGUGGGGGCUGGAUGUCCCACUGCCGCCGGCACAUCUCAGUCUUAUGCUACUUGGUUUCUUGGUUUGUGGCAUAUGGGUAUUGUUUUCUAGGUAUCAGAGCCAGACACAGGUGGCAGCCAAGACAGAGGCUUCCAAGCAACAUAAUCUAAAACAGAUCCAGAGACUCACAGUUUCACAGUUAGAAGAAGCCAGGAUGAAUAUCAUUGAAGCCGAUCUGACAUGUAUUUCAGGACUUCCUGCGGGCUGGACACAGGAAUAUGUAUUCUGGUCAAUAGACAGGAGUCUUCGACAGAUCUUCCGACAUUUGGAAAAUGCAAGGUCAGGAAACAGAGUUUCUGGGUAG